ACUCCGUCCUACUCUCAAUCUUUGUGGACUUCAACGGCUUCUUCGUAAUUUUCAUGCCGGGUUUCCCAGAGUGCAGUGGGUGCGCUUGAACAAAAAGUCCCCCCCUGCUUUGCAAAUGACAUUGUGGCACUGGACACAGGCGUUGCCCUAAGAGAUUGCACAAAACCAGUUGUGCCUUCGUGAGCAGACAUCUAACUCAAGUGCAAAUGGUCAUGUUUUGCUUUUCAAAAUUUCUUUCCCCUCACGGUUGCCAUGGAAGAGGAUGCUGGAAGGAGUUCAGAGAGUCCAAGGUUGAAGCAGGCACAGGCUGAAUUGAAAGAAGCACAGGCUGAAUUGAAAGAGGCACAGGCUGAAUUGAAAAAGGCACAACACGCCUUGCUAUCGGCUGCAGAUAAAGACAAAGACAUCCACGAGAAUAUUGUGCAGAGUGCUGAGCGGAAUGUGCAGAGUGCUGAGCGGAUGCGUGAUGCUCGGUUGGAUGCAGUGAAGCAGAUGCAAGGCACCUCAGUUCAAUCUUCGGAACAUAUUCUCGUGAAGAAGCUGGACGAGCUCAAGGAGCAGUUGGAGCAGGUGGCAAAAAAUGAAGCCCUGCUGAUGGAAGCCUUCUUGAACCGAUUUACUUUGACACCGGUUUCACACUACUCAUCAACCACACUUGAUGGUGAGUGGCAUAGGAAUGCAGUGGAAUACUACAACACAAAGAGUUGCCUUGUUCUCCAGAAACUUUUCCCGGAGGACUUUCGUGCGCAGCCGUGGUGGUUAGAUGCAACGGGUUGGGAGUCAACCUUUCCAGCCGUCGCUGAGCACAUUAUUCCCAAGAAUGGCUGGCACUUCGUCCAGAAUGAAUUGGGCAUUCAAAUCGACAGUGCUCGCAAUAGCCUACUGCUUCUUCGCCAUUUAGAACAUACAUUUCAAGAUGGAGAUUGGUCUUUGAUUCCUGUGGGGAGAGGCGGCGGAGCGGUGAACUUCAAAAUCUAUGUCAGCCAAGAAUUGAAGGAAACGACCGUGAAUUACAUUGACAGAAAUGGCGGCUCAGAACCGGUUUUUGUGAAGAAGGCGGGGCUGAAACUGAAACCGUUGAAGUUUCGGGACUUGCAUGAGCGCGACUUUUGGAUCCAGCCACCGCCCUUCCUUCGUGCGCUGUUUUUAAAAGCCAGGAUGGCAUGGCAGAAGCAUAAGGAAGAUGAUCAGCCUCUGCCCGACCCAAUUGAAUUCGCAAACGCAUUUUCAGAGUCUUGUGACAAAUGGAACCAUUUCAUGGUUGGCAGACUCUUAAGCUCUAUCAAGCAGCAGAAGACUGCCGGGGAAACACAACCCCCAUGAUUUUGGAAGCACCUUCAAAAGACUGUUUCACAGACAGGGUGAAUGGAGAAAAUCGGCAUUCUCUUGCUUCACGAGGACUUGUCAAGCAGACUUUGAGAAGUGGUGUUGUCAAACAACUUUCCAAGACAACUGCAACGAUCAAAGCUUUAUUUGAAUACUAAGUAUGAAUCAAUGAUACCCUGACACCAGUAUCCACAUAUCAAUGACACCCAGAACCAAGUAUCAAUGAUACCCACAUACCAGUAUACAAGUAUCAACG